AUAGCAGCACCAUGAGCAAGAAACAGACAGCGAAAGAGGAGAGUCCUCUGAAGUCUUACGCACUCAUGAUAACAUCUACAGACAUUAUGUUCCAGAAAAUCAGUGAAUCUCUCACUGCAUCAGCAACAUCAGCGUCAGCGGCUCGUGAUAAGGCGGACAGUUUUAACAUAUGUCUCUCUGAGUACUCUGUGAAGGAAAAUAAGGCAAUCAGAGGAGAACUUGUGGAUUAUUGUGAGUGUUUGAAGGCUGUGGAGGACAAGAAGCAACAAACUAUUGAAACUAUUACAGAGAAGUUGAAACCGGCCUGUGACCGGUGGAAAGCAAUCUGCAGUGAAGUACACUCCGCUCUGAAAACUUUAUGUUUAGCGCGUGAUAAAGAUGUUGCAGCCGUGAGAAAACUUGAGAAAACGAAAUGUAAAGAGGGGAGCAAGAAAGCAGAGCAGGUGGCACUGGAUCUGGCUAACAAACAAACAGAGUUAGCAACAAAGAACGCAGAAAUAUUGGCGCUAAUGCAGCAGUUUCACACUCAGAAACUGAACGAUUACAAGGCAGUACUUUCUACUUAUGCACAGGUUCAGAUGCUUUAUCACUCGCGAGCUUUAGAGUUCUACACGCGGGGCUAUCAGGAUAUGAUGGAUAUUCAAGAUGAUGAGUAUAUAGAGACAGUACUUAACGAAACCACGCCGGCAGGACUGUGUUUAUCACAAUCAGUUCCACAACACAUGAACACCAGUUACUCUGGCGGCACUCCUAAUCAGAGCCAGGAACAGUUAAACAUGACCAAAUAAUUGAUUGUUAAUUAAUUGACUUAUAAUUGGCGGAUUGAUUGUAUUAUUUGCUAAUUGAUUUAUUUACACUGUUAAAUUAAUAUUCCUGUCACACAGCUUCUAUAGGGAGUUGUAAGGAAAAGCUUUGUAGGUACUGUUUAGAUAUUAGGUUUAAUAUUAAUAACAUCUGGAAAGAAAGAGAGAGAGUUGUUGAUACAAUGCAUGUUUUAUAUCUUACAGGAGUUUUUCUUGUAGUGGUAUACAUAUUAUUGUCCGCCCCUUCGUUUUUAUCGUAUAACAGGAUGGUUUUUGAAACUUUGCCAAAUAGCGAGUAAAUACGGUGUUGACUUCUUAUUUUAUGACUGCAUAUAUUUUUAUUUGAAUCAUUAAUACGUUAGAUUAGUUUAUUAGAGGUUUAUUUUUUGCUUUUUUGGAGCCCAAACUGUAUUUAAAUAUAUUAUUGCAUUGUAACGUUACAUUUAUUAUCGUUUUAUAGUAUUUUUGAGGAUGUGCCUGUGCCGUUUUGUUUCAUGUAGAUUGAGUUACCGUAGUCAGAUAGUUGUAUGCUAUAUUUAAAUGGUGUUAUGUGCUAUUUAUUUGUACACAUUAAGUCAAGCACUUUCUUCUAGGUUUCGGACAAAACUUUAACACUUACGUUCUUAUUUCAAGCAGUACUCUUUAGAAUUCAGAAUAUUGUUGACACGAUAUCAGUUUUGAAAAAGAAUGCAAUCUAAGAACUAAGUGACUCUAUCUCUAUUAUCUUGGGGACUACGGUAACUCAUUUUGUGCAUGCAGUUUGUGAAUGUGUUGAUUUAUUCAAAAUUUUAAUAGCUAGCUGUAAAAAGGUCUCUUUGCUUUGCCCAAGUUUUCCCAAGGUCAGUUAAUCUAAUUUCCUCAUACUACUGUUAUCUUAAUCUACUCAAACUUUGACCGUGUGAUGGGUCUAUAAAUAGGCUGCAGCUGAUGUUGCAUUUUAUUGGGUGCUAUCAACAGGAUUUAAUUUCACAGAGCCCGAGUGUGGGGCCAUUGUCACAACCUCUAAUAUAUGGACAGUCAGAGAGUUCUUUUAUCAAUGUAACAUUGUGGAGAUUGUAUUAAAAGUUAGCUCUCUAAGGUCAUAAUUCUCUAUGACUACAGGUAAGCACGAGAUUGCAGUUGUAUUGACACUGAAAUAAUCUUUUACAAUUUUGAUUUCGUCCAUCGCUGAUGAUAUAGGUAAGUAUGAUAAUAUGGUAACUUGG